AUGUGUGGACGAACGUUGUGUGGAAAGAAAUUUUAUAAGACACGUGGUAAGACUUAUUGCGAAGAAGAUUAUUUGUAUUCGGGAAUGCAUGAAACUGCUGAGCGAUGUGCUGCAUGCUCGCAUCUGAUUGUUGAUAUGGUAAGUGAAGUGCGACUUGUAAUAUCCGCAAUGUUGUCAUGA